GUGGUACCGCGGCUGACAGGGCCAGCAUCCCUAGCCCGCUCGCUGUCGGCUGUCGCCGACAUGGAACCCGUGGCUAGCAACAUCCAGGUCCUGCUGCAGGCAGCGGAGUUCCUGGAGAGGCGCGAGAGAGAGGCAGAGCACGGUUAUGCGUCCUUGUGCCCACACCACAGUCCCGGGGCCGUCUGCAGGAGGAGGAAGCCACCCCUGCAAGCUCCUGGCGCGCUGAACAGUGGGCGGUCUGUGCACAACGAGCUGGAGAAGCGCAGGAGAGCCCAGCUGAAGCGAUGCUUAGAGCAACUGAGGCAGCAGAUGCCCCUGGGAGUUGACUGUACCCGAUACACAACACUGAGCCUGCUGCGCCGGGCCAGGGUGCAUAUCCAGAAGCUGGAGGAGCAGGAGCGGCAAGCCCGGCGGCUCAAGGAGAAGCUACGCAGCAGACAGCAGAGCCUGCAGCAGCAGCUGGAGCAGCUCCAAGGGUUGCCAGGAGCUAGGGAGCGGGAGCGGGACCGGCUGAGAGCAGACAGCCUGGACUCUUCAGGCCUGUCCUCUGAGCGCUCCGACUCAGACCAAGAGGAUCUGGAGGUGGAUGUGGAGAGCCUGGUGUUUGGGACUGAGACAGAGCUCCUACAGAGCUUCAGCGCUGGGCGGGAGCACAGCUACUCACACAGCACUGGCACCUGGGUAUGAUGCCCACUGCGGCCUGUACUCUCUGGACUGAGCCUGCCAGUCAGUGGCCCCCACACAAUUCGGCUUAGAGCCAAAUGUUGAAGAGACCAUAAAGCCACAGUGUGGGAGCAGACUCGGAUUCUUUGCUGCACAGCUUGAGCCUGGGCCACCUUCUCCACCCCCCAGGGAAUUUUAUGUAGCACUUGGCCCUGCUUUGUUGCUCCCCACAGGGACAGGAAGCCUCUAAACUUCUUGUUCCUGGGCAAAGCCUCAGGCCUCUGCCCGUAUAUACUGCACAGUAUUUUCAUUAAAAUCCUCUUUUGUAAGUUCCUGUCCAUGGUUUUGCCUCGAUGAGAUAGAGGAAGUCCCAGCCACAACUGGAAAAGAGGAAAUAAGGUCAGUAGCUGGCAAACAGGGUCUUGUGAAAGAGUGCACAUCAGAUAGUGUGGAGGAUGCUCUGUGGUCCUGAUGCUGAGGCAGUGCUGUGACUUGCCUGAGCUCCUGAUUCAAACCAAAGCUAUCUGACUCCAGAACUGGGGCUAAUCAAAUCAUGUGUUUAUUGAGUGCCUGUUAUGUGCUAAAUAUUGUUCAGGGUACUUGGGACACAGCAGAGAAUCAAACAAGGAGCCCUG